AAAUGUAUACGUAACGCAUACAGAAGCGAUAAUGAGGGUUUCACUAACUUGUGAUUCGUGGAAAUGAUCCCCCCACUGAGCACCCCCAGGAUCUCCUUGACCAUAUUGGCGUUAUCUUCAUGGAAACCUGUAGCAUGCUUAUCUGUAGAUAAAGGAAAUGGAACACAGAGAUCGAUUUCCGGAAACCUUUACACCAGAUUUCCACGACAAAAAUGCUGUUCUACAAAUGCCAACUAGCCCCCUCGGAAAAACUGGACUACAUAUCUCCAAAAUAAGUUUUGGUGCAUCCUCUCUCGGCAACGUUUUCCGAACAACCAAUGAAAAUGAGUCUUUGGAUGUCGUACGUGAGGCCCUGCAGAAGGGGAUUAAUUAUAUUGAUGUGGCCCCGUGGUAUGGACAUGGCAUGGCAGAGGAAGUGUUAGGAAGGGCUCUGACUGGGAUACCCCGAACUGCGUAUUACAUGGCGACAAAGGUGGGGCGAUAUAAACCGGAAGUAGAGAAGAUGUUUGAUUUCUCAGCUGAGCGGACGUUACAAAGUGUGGACGAGAGUUUACAGAGAAUGGGAUUGGAUUAUGUAGACAUCAUUCAGGUUCAUGACAUGGAAUUUGCUCCGAGUCUUGACAUUAUUAUUAACGAAACACUUCCAGCGUUGCAAAAGGUGAAACAGAGCGGGAAAGCGAGAUUUAUUGGUAUCACAGGUUACCCACUUAAAAAUUUCAAAACAGUACUUGAAAGAAGUACAGUGAAGGUCGACACAGUAUUGACUUACUGUAGAGCUUGUAUCCAUGACAACAGUCUGCAAGAAUAUAUUCCAUUUUUUCAAGAAAGAGGAAUAGGCGUGAUAAAUGCCUCCCCUAUUGCUAUGGGUCUUCUUUCUAAUCGAGGUCCUCCUGAAUGGCACCCCGCAAGGAAAGACAUCAAAAAAGCAUGUGCUAAAGCAGCGAAUUUUUGUAAAGAGAACGGUUGCGAUAUUUCCAGACUGGCAAUGGCGUAUACCUUGGGAUUUUCCGGAGUCGACACGACACUAUUUAGUACUGCAAGUUUGGAGAAUCUAAGAAAGAAUAUGGCAGCAAUCCAUUCACCUCUUUCAAAACAGGAAGAAGAUAUCUUAAAAGAAACUAUUAAAAGGUUCAUAGACCCCCUGACAUGUCAUCAUUGGGAGGGGGUAGAGGUGGAGGAGUACCAGAGACAACUGCAGGGAAUUCAGACCAACGGAACAUUCAAACUCGGAUAACAAAUCAGUGGAAUAAACAUGAGAACAACAGAGUUUUUUUUCCUAAUUUAUAACUAACGGAAUGAUUCAGAAUUGUUCUAUUCUCAUAACGUUCAAAUUUUAAAAAAAAUCAGUCCUACGUGUAUCCUCUGUUUGCAGAAUGAGCUAAAUUUUUGCCAGUUCUAUAUUGCAGUGCACUUGUAUGCCAACAAAAGAUGAAAGUGGAUUAAAACUACAUUGUAUAUUUUA